AGAGUUAUGCCCGGGCGGCGGCUGGGGGGGACCUGAGCAGCGCGAAAGAGACCCAGCGAUGAUGCGCAAACGCGAGACAACACCAACCCGUCGUCAUCGAGUUGAGGUAUCGAUAUAGUCCCUCGACCAGUUGAAUCACGGGUAGGAGCGCGGGUUUUUGUCAAGAGGCUUUCGCGAUUGUGUUUGUCGUGUGUCAAGAGAUGUUUUGAGGGGUCAGGGGCCGUCAGAUGGCGAUUUUUAUGGGCACCAGUAGACCUCCAUUUUGGAGAACAUCGUGAGAAAAUAAAUUUUCAAAUUUUGCCUGAAAAUCGCAGGAAGUCAUUUCAUUUUUCACGAGGAGCGAUUCUACUCUCGUCGAUGGAAUCGCAAUUUUCCAGUCCCCGUGGAUGUAAAUUAAUAUUUAUAAAAUAAGUUUAUGAAGUAAAUAAAUAACUGGAGCAUUCGCGAUACAACUUUAAUGUUAACGAGUUUAAAAAUUGAAUUUACUGUCGCAGCGCGGCGAUAGCUUGAAUUUCAAGAAAAUAGUCCAGUGAAGAUGAUGUGCGGUCAGUGGAAAAGGACGGUAAUGUGUCAGACAGGGGAGAGGCAAUGGCGCGAAAAUUGAUCGAUGAGACGGGAGUAGGACUCGCGUAGACGUUGCGACAACGAUUUGCCGAUUUAAUCAGUGAUUUCGGAGCUGAAUAUAGGGUUAUCGACGAUAUUGGGGGAGCUCCUGCAGACCUCGGCGUGCAGGAACCUGUAAUUGUCCGGGAACAGAGUCAAUUGUAUGGAGAGAAUGCCAAGACCGUCGAGGGAGUCGUACAAUGGCGAGCAGAAGCCGCCAUACUCGUAUAUAUCGCUGACGGCAAUGGCGAUAUGGUCGUCCAGCGAGAAGAUGCUGCCACUCGCUGAGAUAUAUCGAUUCAUCGCCGACAGGUUUCCUUAUUAUCGGAGGGACACUAGACGCUGGCAGAACUCGUUGAGACAUAAUUUAUCGUUUAAUGAUUGUUUCAUCAAGGUACCGCGGAACCCUCACACCCCGGGCAAGGGCGCCUACUGGGCCCUCCACCCCGCGGCCCUGUCGAUGUUCGAGAACGGCUCGUACUUGCGCAGGAGAAAACGAUUCAAAUUACCGAAGGAAGCCAAAGAGGAGAGUCAGGUACUGGCGGAGACAACUGCCAGAUUGGCAGCGACUAGCGCCUGCUCCCUGUCCGAUUGUCAAUCCACCCCCUACUACCCCCAUCAACACCAGGAGCAAACGAUAGCCCUCACUCAGCAGCAGCUCGACUUCUUGAAUCUGACGUCGGGGUUGACCUCCAUCUCGAAGGACUCGAAUGUGGAACGGAAGUCGGAACUACCGUCUGGCGCGGCGAAACGUACCGAUUUGUCGUCGGAACGGCGGCCUUCGACGAAAAGAUUCAAGUCCCCAGGUGGUGUCCCCAAGUCGUUCAGCAUAGAAAGCAUAAUCGAAACAACAAGCUCGAAUGAGCAACGAUCCAGUAUUUCCACCCCAGUAAUAUCGUCGCAGAGUCUCGUUCCGUGGCCGACAUCGAAUCUCCUGUACCCCCUGACAAAUUCCCUGAGCACCUACCCCCUGCACAUUCACCAAGCGGCCGCGGUGUACGCGACAGCCCUGGCAACCGCCAAUCUCUUCGCAAGCUACCCCUCCCUCCAGCAGACAUCCAAGAUCCACCCCGAGGAGGGAGCAUGCCCAUCGACAGCACUAUCCCCGAUCUACGGCUUGCAUCCUGGUUUGUUCCGCACAGAUCCUGCCUUCGGCUUCUCCGCGGGCCUUCCAUCGGCGGUCAGUCUUCCACCAUUACCAUCAGUGCCAGUACCGCGAUUAUCUAGCAUUGAUAAUCCUCGAUUGGAAAUCACCGAACUUGGUAACUACUCCGCGGAUUCCUGCAAGGACUUGGCUCCUACCUGACGAGAAUGUGAUCAUUGAUAGACUGAAUAAACGAGAAUGAG